UGUCUAACACAAAUAAAUUGAUCAUCAAAAGUGAUUAACAUUUUGAUCAGACAGUUACUAGAGAUUUGACAUUGGUUAAUGUGGUCUGAGGGGUUACUGCUUACGCAGGAAACAUGCAUUCCUGGCUUGCUGCAAUGUUUAGUAAAAUGUGUUUGCAUAAAAUACUAUGGAAGAUGUUGCAAUAUCAUUUUUUCCUUCAUACUGUAAUUUAUGGUGACGAUUACAAAUGGGAUUAGAAGUAGAAGAGGGAAAUGCCAAAUAUAUAGAAGGAGAAAAAUGUCCUGGUGAAGAGAUUCAGCAUUGAAAUUUCUUGACAAAAACCCUACGGAAUCUACAUUCUUGCAGAUACUCAAAACUGGACUGGACAGUCCCAAGCAGCUUGAUAGAGCUUUACAUUUAGCCCUGCUUUGAUAAAGGGUUAGACUGCAUGACCUCCAGAGAUGCCUUCUAACCUAACCUCUGCUAUAAUUUACAGUCAACUGCCUGUGCCCUGAAUUAAUUACAUUUCAGGCAGAGGGAAAGAUGGAAAUACUGUAGGCCAGACAAUUUAUAAUAGAAAAUGAAUACCCAGUAAAAAUUUAUGGGUUUGUUUCCACUUGUACUAUUUUAAAACUUACUUUCCAGACUGACUUGUUUGAAAUAUUUUUAAUGUGUUUCUAGGCUGAGCUGCUCCGUAUUAACUCUAAAAAAAGGCAUUUAUCACGGAAAGCUUGACCCAGAAUUAAUUUUAGAGGUGCUAGCAACGGCUGUUAUAAAGCCUCUUUUCCUGUUUACGGUGAAGGGAUUUAGUCCUUAAAACAGCUUCUGUUGGUACAUCGGUAAUCCGAAGUAAGAGACUUGCAAAAACCUUCUCAAGAGGUAGAGGGAGUAUCUGCUCAAUUUCUACUACUGAAAACUACUACAGGAUGAUACAGCUCUAGAGGAAAGAAAGAUUUGUCUUCACGAUUUGCUUUACAGUAUCUGAACAGCAGAAAGCACAAUGGACACGUUUUAGAGUUGCACAGAAAUCAAAAAUUAUCUAGGAACAAGAACAUUGGAUUUCCAGGAAUAACAUACUUCAGAGAGCCCAGAAACUUGUCAUUAGUUAACCCAGUUUGGCCAUACAGCUUGGGAAUGAAUACCAUUGAGACAGCAAAGCUCGAAGAGCAUAUGGAGGGUCAAAACAAUGACACUUCUAAUGGCUACUCACGACCUACUCUCUCAGUCAGUGAAGAGAACAAAAAUGGCACUAGCAAACCAAAGGGCUUGUCUAAUGGCUUGCGAAAAACAACAAAGAAGUAUCCGGAUUACAUCCAGAUUGCUAUGCCUGCUGAAUCUAGGAACAAAUUUCCUCUGGAAUGGUGGAAAACAGGCAUUGCCUUUGUCUAUGCUCUCUUCAAUUUGAUUCUCACAACUGUGAUGAUCACUGUGGUCCAUGAGAGAGUACCUCCAAAGGAGCUAAGCCCUCCCUUGCCUGACAAAUUUUUUGAUUACAUUGAUCGUGUGAAAUGGGCUUUUUCUGUAUCAGAAAUAAAUGGAAUAAUACUACUUGGAUUAUGGAUAUUCCAGUGGUUGUUUCUUAGAUAUAAAUCAAUAGUGGGACGCAGGUUCUUUUUUAUAAUAGGAACUUUGUAUCUGUACCGCUGUAUUACCAUGUAUGUUACCACCUUACCUGUGCCUGGAAUGCAUUUUCAGUGUGCACCAAAGUUGAACGGAGAUUCUCAGGCAAAGGUUCAGAGGAUCCUGCGACUGAUUUCUGGUGGUGGUCUAUCCAUAACAGGAUCACAUAUCCUGUGCGGAGACUUCCUGUUUAGUGGUCACACUGUGGUACUAACACUGAUCUACCUGUUCAUCAAAGAGUAUUCACCACGUCAUUUCUGGUGGUAUCACUUAAUCUGCUGGCUAAUGAGUGCUGCUGGCAUAAUUUGUAUCCUUGUUGCUCAUGAACACUAUACUGUAGAUGUCAUCAUUGCUUACUAUAUCACUACACGGCUUUUCUGGUGGUAUCACUCAAUGGCUAAUGAAAAGACUUUAAAGGUCUCUUCGCAGACAAAUUUUCUCUCUCGAGCAUGGUGGUAUCCAAUAUUUUAUUUCUUUGAGAAGAAUGUGCAAGGCUCUGUUCCUUGCAGCUUUUCCUGGCCAAUAUCUUGGCCUCCCAGCUGCUUCAAAUCUUCAUGCAAGAAGUAUUCACGGGUUCAGAAGACAGGAGAGGACAAUGAAAAAUCUACCUGAAGAAGGAAAGCAUCUGCUCUGUUUUUUUUUGUUUUUUUUUACCAAAACAUUAAUGCUGUAACCAAAGCUCUUAAGAGGACUACACUGUAACUGAAGAAGUGGACCAAGCUUCUGUGCAAUUGAUUGGAAAGACAAUUGUAGGCACACAUAUUGCCAUUUCAUAUGUUUUCCUAUCAUCAGGCUGUACAGACAUAUUCUACUCUUCAGUGCUAACAGAAUGCACCACAGAUGGGAUUUUUUUAUUGAAGAAAAUGGAGCAGGACUUUGCUUUACUAAUGAGAUAGAGGUGCCAAAGACCACAUUAACACUUUCAUUAGUAAUUAUCACUCAUCCACAGAAGCACCCAAAAAUCUCAUCUUCAGAGUUCUUGAGUGCGUAAGGGCAAAACCAUGCUAAAAUGUAAAGGCAUGAUAUUGGCGUAUUGAGGUAUAUAUAUAUAAAAAAAAAAAACAACCAAAACACUUACGGGAAGUGGUUUGUUACAUUAUUCUUGCUAAUGAAGGUAAGGCCUUUGCGUGACUGCUACAGCUGGAAGAGAGUCUUGACUUUUUUACACUCUGUGGGUAUGAAUAUCUUAAGACCCUAAAAUACUACACCACCAUUAUCUCCCAUAUAUUCUAUUAUAUACCAAUUUUUACAUUUUUAUUAGUAAUUUUAUAUUUAAACUGUUGUGCUACCUGAUGACUUUGCAAAUUAGGACUAGCUGCUAACAUAAGAGCUCAAGGAGCCUAAAACUUUAUUUUUAAAAAAGGACACAGUUUCAAAGUCUAAGUCUUCUUGGCCUUGUGCAUAUAGCUAUACAGUGCCUAUCAGUGUAUGUACAUGCAUAUACACACAAAGCACACACUGUUGUGUAGUUGAACACAUUAAAACUGCUUACUGGAAAGAGUGAUCAUAUGGUUCUUAAUUCAGGCAAAAGUCCUACAGAUCUCACCUGCUUGAGGAAUGCAAGGCCAGGUCCAAAAUGGGGCUAUAUUUAAAACUUUUUAAUUUUAGUAGCUAUCUCUUGCUGAAGCUAUGUAUAGCAAGUUUGCUUGGGAGCCAUACUUCUGCAUUGGAUUUCUUUUUUACUUGUUGGCAUGCAUUUCUGUGACUUAAAAAAAAAAAGUGCCAAGGUGAAUACCUUCAACAGUAGCAUUUCUUUAAUUACCUAAAACCAUUUCAUAUUAAAUGACAGUGUGGUAGGAGUCACAUGUGGAUUCUUUUUUUUCCUAGGGUUUCAGUCCAACUAAAAUACCUAUUUCAGCAAGCUGGCUGGGCAUGUGGGAAACUACCAUGGCAUAAACAUGUAACAAACCCACAAAUUAACAGCUACCUGGUUCUGAUGUUUUUUUAUUGUUUUGUUUAGCAUACCAUGUUUAACCCUUUAUGCUCUGUGUUAAGUUCUGCAGUUAACUGAAUUUUAUUUUCAAAUCUUCAGUAAAACUUGAUAGAAAAGAUAAAACUGCAUUAAGUGUUGAGGUGAUACUAAUAUAAAGGAAAUGCUGCUUAUUUUAAGAAUGUCUUGAACUGAGUGACAAGUGUGAACAUAAUUUAAUAACUUGUUUUUAAAAAGCCCAGUUGUAGUUAUAAAAUGCAAUAGAGAGUAUUCAAAUAGGAUUUUUUUUUCAGUUAAGGGGAUCAGUUGCUAUGAGUUGUACAUGAAAAUAUUAUUGAUGUGCAUUUCAAAUAUUUUUGUGCAUUAUCAAAGUAAUACAAUAAACAAUGUUCUUUACAAUACAUCCUUGGUAAAACUUAGCUAAGAAAAAAAUUCUGCUGGUGUUUGGUUUUGUUAUUUUAAUUACACUUCUUAAAUCUUAUAACAUGCCCCUAUAAGUUGUGUGUGUGUGAGCAUACCUGUAUUUUCAUUUGCUUGCUCCUGGCAGACCUUGAGCAGCUAAAAAGCCAGUAUCAAAACAUUUAUGUGAAAGUCCUUUUUCUGUAUCAUAUAAAUAAAUCUGUUCAAUGUCAGUCUGUAAAUCUCCCAAGAUACUUGUUAUAUCAAUAUUACUUCAUAGAGCAUAAUUUUUUGAAGUUGAAUUCUAAGAUUUGUGAUACCUUAAAUAUCAUAAUGUUAAGCCGCUUAUUACAAUACCAUCUUUUAGAAAUCGUGAAUGCAUUUCACUAGUGAUAACCAUGCCUUGAAAAUAUGAUGAUGAAAAGUGUUCCAGUAAGGAGCUUAAACAGUGGUUUGCAUCUGGUGGCUGAAUAAUAAAUACUUUGAUAGUUUAGAUAGCUAAUUGUCUGCAUAAUCACCACUGAGUCUCAGUGGGAUUUCUGUAAUGUAUCUGCAAAGGAGAACUUCUUCAUGCAGGAUGAGCUGUUUGGUGUUUUUACUUAUUCCUGUUUCUGGAAGGAAAAAAAUAAGUGAUAAAAUAGAAGCAAGUAGAGAUUAUGCUCUUGUUGGGCAAUAUGAGCUUUCAUUCUACUGCUGAAUUUGAUAGAAACUAUUGUAAUAUAAAAGGAAAGUUUAAAUGGCAGCCCUAGCUCAAAAUACCUAGCUUAAAUUCCUGUUCUGGCUCAGCCUUACCUUAAGUAUUUAAAUUUUCUCCAUUUUAUCAAAGCCCUCAAAAGGGUGUGUGUAUUUGAUUAGCAGAAAAAUCCUACUUGUCAACUUCCAACAGGUUUACAUUGCUUUUGCAAACUUGGAUGCUAUAGAUGUAUUUGAAGACUCUUUAGGCCUAUAAGUAAGAUGAUGAAAUGGGGUAAGCAAUGGUAUAUGCUAGUGCUUACUGCUAUAGUAGUUUAUCCAAUACAAACCACAGCUGGUACAUAAAAUUAUUAAUUUUAAGAAUGUAGUGAUCACUGUAUAUAAACACUACGAAGCUGAAAACCUGGCUUCACCCUAAGGAAAAAGGAUUGCAGUGGGUAAAAGAACAGGAGGAACUCAGACUUCACUUUAAUGUACUGAACAAGCCUACUGAGUCCAGGCUUAUUUGGGCUGUAUAUGCCCAAUGUUUUGCAGUAUGCCGCUACAAUUACUUUUCCUAGAAUUACAAUAACAAUCUUUCUUACAGAUGUCAUAUGAGCUGCACUUUUACUGUUAGUAGAGAGAAAGAGCAUUUUAUUUAUACUGAAAAGCAUUUAUAUGUUGAACUUCCCAGACACUUAAAAAAAAAAUAUAUAUAUAAGGCACUACACUUGCACAGCUAGUGUAUCAGUAUGGCUUAGAUGCUGUUGGGUGCUUUGCAUUUAUGAAACAAGCUUUCUUAAAUGCCUUUCCUAAAUUUAAACCUGGUUUUAAAAGGUUAACUUGAACAUUUAAAGAAAUGUUCUGCUAUGUAGUCAUGCUACAGAUGCUUCAUUCCAAUGCCAGAAAUGAUUAACAUACACUUGAAACUACUGUGAACUGACUUUAUGGUAUGUGCUCAGCACUCCCAUGUGGACAUAAAUGGUACUAAACGUUAAUCGUUCUUACUUGCUGUUUUCUUGGAAAGAUAACUAGAAGUGGGGCAGUAACAUCACUAUGAACUCUGGUACUGGAUUUGCUUCCCCCCUUUAAAAGAAUGGGGGAGGAGAGAAGGAAGAAAAAUAAAGUUAAGACUAUAUGUUAAGAUACACUAUCUUCACAUAAUAAAUAAAGCUCAGACACAGAACUGGGAAGUAUUUUAAGAGAUAAUUUUCUUAGAUUAUUGAAAAAUCUACUUAUCUGUAUCUUAAAUCAGAAUCUGUUCAAACUUUGGCUUUCUCUUAUUGUUAGUAUCUGGCUAGACGAUUCAUCCAUAGUUGUCUGGUACUAACACAAAACCUUUUUCUCACUUCAGUAGAUAUGAAGUAUGAUUUCCAUUUCUAGAGGCCAGAUCCAUUAACUGCAGUGCAAGGUGAAUUCUUCCCAUUUAAAUGAACUUUCCCAUGUUUGUUUUUUUUAACUUUAAAAAAAUACUGUCUUAAGGUUGUGUCCAAUGAAUCUUUAUCAGAUGAACUGAAAUAGUUCUUAACUGGCAGAUUUUAAAAUCAUCUUGAUAUUUUUGACAAGUAUGUGUUUUGGCAUCACCUAGAAGUCUUCUAUAGACGCACAAAAUUAGAGUGAUACUGUAGGAUUGAACACUUCUGAAUGUAAAUGUUUGAUUUUACAAUGCCUGGUAUAGAUGUCUUUAAUUCAGUUAUUAAAAAAAAGUUACUCAAAAAUACUGCUGUUGGAUAACUUUCAAAUAAGUGUUGCUGCUGAAGUGCACACAAGAAAAAUAUCCUAGUGUGCCACUAAAGUAACUUUGCUUAUAAGUUACCCUUCAUAUGCUACUCUGUGGUGCUUCCCAGUGUCCAAAAAAAAAAAUCGUGCUGAGAAACUGAGAAUGAAGACAGGCUUUUAUUCUAGUAUUGACAAGAAAAAGGAAGGAAGAAAAAAACAUUUAAGUAGAUGGUGAUCAUAUAUUGCCUUUUACAUGGAACUGAGCUAAAACUACACCUAACUUCUGAGUAAUGUAGAAUUAAAUUGUUUAUGUGUAAUAGCGCUGCAAAUCCUAUAAGGAAACAGGCAGUAAUAAGCACUUAAUUCUACAGUACCGGGGUGUGUCUGUGCUAUGGACUGUGCUAGUUCUCGUCCAUAACCUACAAUAUAAAAAUAAAAGUCAACGUAGUGAGAGAUGCUUGGAGAUUGUAAAAUAUUUUAAUAUGAUUAGCAAUCUUCAUAAGCUGUUCCUCCAGGCUGUCACUAACAGCUUCUAAAACAAGAACGAUGUGUUUUUUCUAGCUGGCUCACUUUUCUAUGAAUUGAACCACUUGAUUACAUCUUAACCCAGAAAGAUGCACAUAAAAAAUUCAGGAUAGGUAGAGGCAAUUUAAAUACUGUAGGAAAAAGUGCUGGUUCUGAACUCAUCUUUUAUUUUGGCAGAUAAUCUUUCCUAACAAACACUUAAAUACCUGAAUGAUGUUUUAAGGUAAAGUAAUGAUAUUGUGUGGUCUCUAGUGUGUAUCUAAAAUACUGGUGUUGAGGAUUCUUUCUCUCCUGGUGAAAAUUAGCACUUAAAAUCAGGAAGAUUUGACUUGUUUUUGACAAAUAUUUUAAUUCCUAAGGACCUGGAGUUUAGUAAAUACUAUAAGAAGUUUGUUUUCUGUGGCUCUUUGCUGUGGGCUGCCCUUUAAGUUAAAGAAACAACCCAGGUAGGAGGAGAGGGCAAACCAGUCUUGCUGGAAGUAGUUGUUUGAAUUUUUGAAUUGAAAUUCUAUCUGCUACAUUCUACAGGUAGUCUUUUACAUACCACAGUGGAAAAAAGAUGCUGUAUUACACUACUAUAUUUAGUGUUCAUUCUUUUUCAAAUGAUUCUGUAUUGGUUGGCCCAGUCCUUCCCCUAGAUGAGCGAGUGGUUUUGUUCCUUACUUGCAGUAUGGUUAGUCAUAACUGGAUUUAGUUCUGGUAAAUUACAAUGGAUCUACAUUUUUUCCAUUUACUACAGUGCCUAAAGCCUCUAUGCAUGGGUUUCUUCUAGCAGAAAUACUCUUCUUUCAAGCUAUAUCUAUAUAAUAUUAAUUCCAGCUUUUGUGUUAGCCCUCUGCAAAGUAAGGUCUUUAGGAGGUCAGCAUUUGUGAAACUCUAAAGACUUAUUACAGAAGAAUAUCCUUUGUGCCAGUUCAGAUUAAUUUUCAUCAAAUAACUUCGAAAAGUUUGGAGGUGACUUUUGCUGUUUGUUUUUUUUUUUAAUUAAAAGAAAAGCUGGUCGGAAAGUAGUCUGAAGUAAAAGCAUCUUGAUCAGCUGGGGGACCCAGGCACCAUGCACACACGUGUGUGCAGAGAGGUUCUCUGGCAUACACAAUGUUGGAUGCAGUACACAGAGGCUUCUCUGGGAAGAUAAACUAGGUUGUACUUACAUAGCAGGCUGUGAGCCACCUUCACUUGUCCUUUUGAGCUCCUUUCAGACUGAAAGCACAGUACCAAAGGUGGCAAUAGCUAAGAAGUGCAGUGAAGAUCACUUCCAAAACCAGAAAAUUAAGAAAGUGGCUUAAAAUGCAGACCACUGUAAAACCAGUCAGACAGCAGUAUUCUAAUUCAAUGGAGUAUAUAAUCUGGUGGUACUUCAAGCAUGUGAGUUGCAUCUAAAAUGAGUGGGUCUGUUUUCCUUUUGAAAUUAUUAUUUAUUUUUAAUUAGAGAUGGUAGGACUACUGAGAAUAUAAAGAGUAUCAGUAUCUGCCUGCUUGCUUUUACCUCCACCAGUGAGUUGUUUGUAUAUGGACCUUAAACAAUAUUGCUAAACUCCAGCUUCUCUUUCAUUUUGAGUAACUUAUUAUCAGUGCUUUGUUACUUCUGUAAAAAUUGGGUUUGCAUUCCACUUUUUUCAUAGUUUGUUGCCACUUAGAAUGCUGCUUUUACACUUUAGCCUAGGCUGCUUUGGGCUCCUGUCUUACUUAAUCUGCUUCUAUUAACUGCCUUUUCUAAAUGGCUCAAUACGGAAGAGUAGGAUUUACAUUUCAGAAGGCUCCAAAACUAACACUAAAGCUAGAACGCAUUCUCAUCAGACAUAUCUUUGCACAAUUUGAAACUUGAAAUUAUUUUCAAGUACAAAACCUAACAUUCUAAGUGCAUACUUCUUAUCUCAGGAAUCAAUUCUUGCUCUUUAAAUGUUUAGAACAUUUGUUUGUGUUUAUCUUCCUGAUUCAGGAAAGCAUGUGUGAGGUGUAAAAAAGAUACAAUUCUGGCAGUUUUAUGAAGUCAGGGUCACACCGAGGAACCUGAAAGUAAAUGAGGAAAUAAUGGUUUGAUGGCUGUGGUUCUCCUUUCCAUGUGAUUUUGAGAACUCUAAAGGUUUCUGUAAAAAAACAGUACAGGCGCAGUUGCUUUUAACUGCAAUGUGGUUUCAUCCUCACUGGCUGACAGCUUUUCUUGUGUGAUUUCUCCUAGGUUGAAUCUGUAGCUCUGUACAUUAAUUGGAGCUACAUAUCCAACCUGGGAAAAACUAGGCAAGAAAAAGUGUUAGCUGCUGAGGAACUCUAAAUGGUAAUGUAGGAAUGCUGUAAUGCUUGCAUGAUAAAGAGCUAAUAUAUGCCUUUAGGGUCCAGUUCUGCAAAUGCUGUAAAGCAUAACGCUACAAGUGUUACUACUUAAACACAUUUUGUACUGUUUUCUAGUUUCUAGUAAUGUUUGCAAAUUGGGCCUCACUUUUACAUAAAUUGCUCAUAAUUAGCAAGAGUUAGCUUUUAUGUUGCGAAACUUUCAGGAUGACACUUUUUGUAGCAUGUCAGCAAUUUUGGUUAAGUGGAGACAACUGAGUGUUGUGGUUUGCUGUACACUAUGAGAUGAUACAAGAAUUCUGAUUUGUAAGAUGUUGUCUAUGUUCACUGUGUUUAAAAAAAAAAAAAAGCUAUUGCACUAGCUGUACUUUAAAAAAAGCAAUAAUGUGAGCAUCUUGUAGCUUUUCUCUCCAAAGGUGCUAUCUGUCAUGAUCACUUGCACUGUUGACCAUGAAUUUGGUAAAAACAUGUUAAAGAAAUUGUCCUAUGUGGUUUACUCAGCACAUACAACUUGAAACUUUUUAUGGUCAGCCUGUCUACUAACAAAUUAAAUACUUUGUACUACUUACGUGACCACACACAUCUUUAAAAAUCAAAAACCUCUGUCCAUUAUGGUGCUAAUGAACUCUUAAAAACUAUCAGGAGCUGAUAAUCCCUUCUUACCCAUUGAACCACUAAGGAAAGCUGUUGUGACAUCUUCUCAAUAAAGCAAAUUUUCUCUACAUUUUAAACCUGUUCCAAAUGCUUUUUAUAUAAAUGACCCUUUUUAUUUUUUUUAUGUAAAAACUGAAAAAUAUUAUAGUUAGUAUUUUUAAUGCAGGAAAUUGUUAGGAAUGUGUAUGGGUCUAGGAUUAAAUUUUCAUACAUGCUUAGGGUAGCUAAUCUUCUGAAACUAACACACAAGAAUUGUACUGGGUAGGAUUAAGGCUAAUAAAAAAGAAAGAAAAAAAAUACCUGGCUUCAUCAUCAUUGAAGCCUUGGAGACAGGAUGUGAAAUCGACAAAGCUGUAUGAGAACACUGAUUAUGUAGAUCCAUCUUUUGCUAAAACUUCUGAAAAACUAGCUCGUGAAGGAACGUGACCACAUAAACAUAUCUGAAGAACAGAAGUGAAACCUGACAAAACUAUCAAGGCAAUUCAUAGUAGGACAUCAUAAAAAUACAUGAAAGAGCCUUAAACUAGGAUUUGUUUAGACUUUGGAACAGCAAAGUAAUUUUCUAACUUGGUUGUAAAGCUUCACAGGCAACUUUCUCUUCAGAUGAAAAACUAACUUGUGUCUUUGGUCCCCAGGUUAUUAUUCAAUGUUGCAUAUAAUAGCAAUGCACUUCCAGAGCUUUUCAGGAAGCAUCUUUGGGCAGCAGUAUCUAUGCUUUCUCUCCAUAGAGAAUACGAAGCCUUUAGUUCUUGUUAAAGGCCCCUUCUCAACUUGCAGUUGUAAAAGCAUUUGUCUGUUAAGACAUUUGGAAAUGCUACUAUAGUCAACCCUGACAUAAGUAUUGCUACAGACACGUGAACGUGCAGAGUGCCGUGUCCAGGUACACACUGGUGAGUGUAGGAGGGAGUACAGUCUGGAUAACACUGUGGCACACUUCUGUGCUCUAAAGUAGCUGCAACCUGAAGUUUUGGUCACUAAACUGCUAUCUUUCAUAUACUGGAGUAAGUUCUCUUGAAUCAGUUGCUAGUACUUCAGGAAAUAAACAGGCUUCUCUGAGAUCUAUUUUAUGGAACUUCUGUGUCUGUGCAAAGAAUAUUACAGGUCUACAGUAACUUAGAGCAGAAACAAACCGACCAUCUAGAAUAAAAGCAGGGCUGGCUGUGGUUUUUUUGUUGAGUGAAGACGGAUAGUCUAGUAACAGUAGUCUAUUGUGUUUUGCUACUUGUCUCAGCACUUGCUUUAAUAGUAGGACACUUGACUGUUCUACCUUUCACGGCUCUUUCAUCCAUAACAGUUCUAACUCACACUGAAAUACAGCUUUCCUAUCUUAAUUACUAGAUGCUUCAGAGAAAAAGGGUUGUAUUUUAAUUUACAAAAAAAGGCAAUAUUUACAAAAACAGGUAAAUGGCUGUAUGCUUAAGUGCCCUGCAAAAACAAAACCUUUGUAAGCACGUGACAUGCACUUGUGAUGUGAGUGGAUUUUUAGCAUUAGCAUCUGCUGUGAGUUACAGGAAGAUGUUUGUCAGUGCACUAGUCUAACUCAGAAGUUUCAAAUAUUUUCAGUAUUCUCUUGAUAAAGAUAAUAUCUUUUCUGAAUAAAGUGCCUGUGAAAAUAAAAAUCCCGAAGUUGCCUGCAAACCUAAAUAAAGCAUAUAUAAAACACAGCCCACACUUGAAGAGAAGGGGUGCUAACUACAUAAAAUAACUGGUCAAUAGUUGUUAAGUGUUGAUAGGAUUCAAAGAUUAAGAUAAAGUUUGAGAAAUGAAUAUUAUUGCUUUUGAGAGUUUACUGUGUUAAUUAAAUUUCCAAUGUUUCUGCUUGGGCCUUAAUUCUGUAACUUGGUUAUCUUUAAAGAAAAAUGAGUUAACUUGAACUAUAUUUUUUAACACUUGUUUUAAUGAGUCUUCACUCUGCGUGUUUGCUUGUUACAUGGAGGUUUUGUCAUAUUUAGAGUCACAAAAUGCUUUGAUUACAUAAUUUAGAGCAAAAUAGUUUCAGGAAUGGGUUUUCCUUAAGUGCAGGUUUAAAUGUUAUGUUGGGGUUUUAUUAUUAUACUCAUACUAGAACAGAGGAGGCAAUGAUUUCCAACGAAGCAUUAUAGUGCUAAAACUUGUUAUGUAGUUAUAUGGGGUAUACAGAAUAUUAUUAAAGUGCUUGGUGAUGUUUUGCUGUUAAUUUUAUGCUUUAAGAAGAUGUUAUUUCUAUAAUUUCAACUGGGAAGACUGGCUCUAAUGUUGCAAUAACUCCCAUUAUUUUUAAGUAGAAACAUCCAUUUAAUGAUACUGCAGAGUAAAGUUUACAUUUCAUCAGCAAACUCACUUAAAAAUGGGAAAGUAGUUUCAUUUUUAUCAAAAUUAGUGUGAAAUGUAAUCAUUGGGCAACCUAGAAUUGGCCAUGUGCCACUUAAAGCCAAUCUUUCACCUGCAUGUGGAGGCAAGGAGAGAAUUUCUUUAUCUAAUGCUGCUUCUCAACUAGACUGAGAAGGAAGUGAGGCUGGAUGACACUUCUAUAAAGAAAAUAAGCAAAAAGAGUAAUGGGUUUCAGCUGUGCUGAAUAGCUUAGCUUAAGUGCAGAACUUAAACUCUCCUUGAGACCCAGAUUUAAAAUGUCUUUUGUUCAGAUAAAUUUUCAGCUGACUUUUUUCUGUACUUUUCUAAUAGAUGCAUUUUUUAUUGUUGUAUGUUGUAAUUAACCACUGCAUUUUUGCCAGAUAUGGUCACAAAAAAGCUGCAUUCUGUUCUGCCAAUUUAAAUCUGUGAUCUUAGUUUUUUCUACUUUAAUCCAUGGCUAGUAAAAUAUCCAUUUGCUGUUUGUUUAUAUUAAAGAGACAUUGCAGCCAGUUGCCUUAAUUGCUUGGAAGAAAACUGACCUUCACCAUUUGAAGCUCUAUGUAUUUCUAAAAUUCCUGUAACUUCUGUGUAAUUGCAAUAAAACCUUUCUAAUAUAGUUCA